AAGAGGAGAGAUGAGAUGAGAGCAUUGGCCAGGCCGGGACAGAGAACACUGUGGCAGAUCUUAGCAGCCUCCUGCCUGAGCUGCUUCCAUUGCUGUGAGGAAGAGCCUAAGAGGAGCAGGAGAUUCUUCGCACUGAUCUAUGACUUCUUGGUGUUCACGGACAGCGUGUUCAAGGAAGUGGAGGAGCGGGAAGAAAAGGUGGGUGCCCUCGCUGAGCAGCGGGACAAGAUGAGGGCCAAGCUACACAAGAUGAAGCAGCAGAUCCAUGAGAGGAGGAUGGAGAACGAAAAGAAUCAGCUGGCGAAGGAAGAGGACAUGAGGAGAGUUGAAGCCAAGACGGAGGAGCUGCAGAGGUGCCAGGAGGAGAAGCUAGCUCUGAAGGCCCAGCUUGAUGCACUGGGACUCUCUCUGGCCAAGCUGGACAUAGCCAUAAAGGACACUGAGCUCAGGACCAUGGAGGCUGGCAGUGAGAAGCAGAGGCUGGAGGGCCUUGUGAUCCAGGCCAGCGAGGAACAGGAGAUCAAGAAGAGGGACGAGAAGUUGGCAGUGCUCAAGGAGGACAACCAGAAGAAGAAGGAUCAUCUGGCCCAGCUGCAGCAGAGAGCCAGCUUCAUCAAUACAACCAAGGAGAAACUGGACAAGCUCAUAGCAAUGCUGCAAGAGAUCCAGCAGGAAAAGUCAAAGGAGAAGGACAUCCAGGCAGCCAUCCAGAAGAGGGUCUCCCAAGUCACCGAACUUCAGGAGGAGAUCAAGGACCAAGAACAGAGUAAUCUGCAAUUAACUCAGCAGCUCACAGCCUCAGAAACCAAGCUGCAACACAUCCACCAGGCGUGGGACCUCAAGCAGGACAGCCUCAACAAAGAGAUCAAGGAGCAGAAACAGGUUCUCGAGGACCUGGAGCGCAACCAGACGGAGCAGGACAUUGUGUGCAAGGAAGUGAGUGAUGACGUGGCUGACCUGGACGGGCAGAUCAGACAGUCCAUGGAGGAGAUCCGGAACACCAACAUCAUGAUAAAGAACAACUACAAGCUUAUCCUCGAUGCUAUGGAGGAAGGCAACGUUGAGCUGAUGUCUGCCCUCACUGAGGCCACCAAGUGUGUGGAGGAGUUUAGGUCUGCAGAGUGACUCCAGUCCUCAGGCGGGCCAAGGCUUCAGAGGAUACCAGGCUGAGGAUCAAUGGGGAUUCAGUUCUUACUUCCGGACUUUAUAUUUUCUAAGGCUUAUGGAUUUACGCCUUUAUAUUUCCUAAGGCUUACGGUUAUACUAUAGUGUUACGUAGUGUUGUCGGGAGCAUUUAUUGGUGCAGCAGUUACUUGCAUCCUGAGUGUUGCAGGGUGUGGCUGUUACUCUGCACUUGUGUACCCAGGCAGGUUUUUACACACCUUUUCAGGCAAGGUAUUUUGCUUUCAUAUCUUCACCUUAGUUUCAGGAUGUCAUUUUCACCUUUUGUAGAUUUUUUGUAUAUUGCAAACAUUUAUUUUACUAAACUUCUACAAAUUUUGGUGAUUUUCCUUCCAUACUCUGUCUUUCACUACAGUGGUAAUAUAUGUAUAUCUCCAUAGUAAAACUCUAAUGCUAA